AUGAGUUGUUUCCCAUUUCAUCCAUGUUUGUUGAAGAAAAGUGAAAUGUAUAUAACUUGUCUUGAUAUGCCCCGUUUGCUUGCUCUGAAUAGUUAUUGUUCUGAUUAUGUUGGAAUGUUACAUUGUGUGCUUUCUCUAGAUGUUGCAUCUCAGUCGAAACCAACAAAGUCAAAGCCGUCGACUUCACAAACAGUGCCUGAGGUGCCUAAAGAACUCAUCAUCAGUACUUUGACUCCAACUCCUCCUGAAAUUCCUUUUAUCAACCAUAUGCCAAAGUUCAUGCACCCAUUUAUCGAAGAUAUUAUUGAUGUUGAUGGUGACGGUUAUUGUGGAUACCGUGUGGUAGCUUUGCACCAAAAAGGAACUCAGCAAGAUUUUGAGUUGAUCAGACUGAACAUGGAGAGGGAGCUGAGAUUGCAUAAGGAAUCAUAUGUGGAGUUAUUCGAUACUGAUGAGCGUUACAAGUAUGUCACGGAUGCACUUUUCACACCUCCGAGAAGGUGUAAACAUGCUUUUGCACCAAAGGACAAAUGGUUUACUUUUCCGGAUAUGGGUUACGUUGUGGCUACUCAUUUUCAAAGGGUUGUUGUUCAACUGUCAAAUAUGGAAAGGUGUGGAGCAUCUAGAACUUGUUUCCCAUUGCGUGGCAAACCUCCAUCAGACACGUCAGACUUGGAUUCCAAGAUUAUUUGCAUCGGCGCGCUCGCUGACCACUUUGUGUUAGUGCGGUUGAAAGAAGGAUGUCCGAUACCUCCAACGGCUCAUCAGUGGAAAAACUAUUGUUGUAAAGAAGCUGCUACAUGGGAGCCCAUGUUUUUGGAUAGAAUGCAAAAGUUUGGUGAGCUGUUGACCAUUGAAAGAGCAGGCGAUGACUUAGCCACGAUUGGAAAUGGUAGCAAAGACGAUCCGCUCGAAUUGUAG